CUGGAGCGUUUGCAUUUGGCCUUUAUUUUUAGAUUCCGUUGCCGCGAUAUGCUUUACAUUACAAGGCAGCUGCAAAACUGCACUGCGGCGCAAAUAGCUUUUAUCUUCCGCCAACUACCCUUACACGAGUGCGAGUGGGACAACUGGUGUGCUUUAGACAACGACCAAUCAUAAGGCUAGCCUAUCCCAAAUGGUGGUGAGUGGACCAGCCAUGCUGGUUCUCGCCAAUCGCAGGGGGUUUACUGCCUUGAACGCAGGGGGGUGCUGGCAAGUCGAGUGUCGGCCUAGUCGGUUUCUGGAACGGAUCCGGACAGGCAGGUCGUGACAUUAUUAUUUCGUUUUGCGCUUCAUAGGUAAAUACUGUUCCGCCGCCGUGUCGGGAAGUUUAAGAAAGGUUGUUCGAGUCACUUUCAGCCGUGCGUAUAAAUCUUUAUAACAAAUAAAAUUUACCGGCCACGUUGGCAAUCGUUACACCCAGAAAUAACAAGUGUUACAUGCGGUAAAAAUUUGAUUCUAAUAUUAGUGCAAUCAAAAGUGGAGUUCGAAAAAUGAACAAGUGAACUAAAACAAAAGCGGCUGCUCAGUUUUAUUUGUGUUCUCGAAUUCUUGACUUUUAGGUCCCCAUGGCGCGAUCAACAAUAGGUUUUUGAUCCCUGCAGGACGUCAUUCCCAACGUCACCAUCUGCGCAAAUUUACUGUUAACUCUGGGCUCGUUCUGCAAGAGUUCUCGCGGCGUGCGGCUGAACACCGCAGUUUUUUGGAUAAAGCUUUUAUGAGCAAAGCAAAAAUUGUUUGCGAUUAGCAGUGCACAUAAUACGAACUGAGAUCCACGCUUAAACUAUGUUUACAUUGCAACCGACACCGACUACUAUAGGAACCGUGGUUCCUCCAUGGUCAGCUGGAACAUUAAUAGAGCGUUUGCCGUCUUUAGAAGACAUGGCUCAUAAGGACAAUGUGAUUGCAAUGAGAAAUUUACCAUGUUUGGGUACCGCUGGUGGUAGCGGACUAGGCGGUAUUGCUGGGAAACCUUCCCCUACUAUGGAAGCCGUGGAAGCCAGCACAGCGGCACAGCCCCAUUCGACAUCCUCGUACUUCGCCACAACUUACUACCAUUUAACUGAUGAUGAAUGUCACAGUGGAGUAAAUCAGCUGGGCGGCGUUUUUGUUGGAGGAAGGCCUUUGCCAGAUUCAACACGACAAAAAAUUGUCGAGCUGGCACAUUCUGGAGCUCGUCCAUGUGAUAUUUCCCGAAUUCUACAAGUUUCAAAUGGAUGUGUGAGCAAAAUUCUCGGGAGGUACUAUGAAACAGGAAGCAUACGUCCCCGUGCUAUCGGAGGAUCCAAGCCACGUGUGGCCACAGCCGAAGUUGUUAGCAAAAUUUCGCAGUACAAGCGCGAGUGUCCUAGCAUAUUCGCUUGGGAAAUUCGGGAUAGAUUACUUCAGGAGAACGUUUGUACUAACGAUAAUAUUCCAAGUGUGUCUUCAAUAAACCGUGUAUUGAGAAACUUGGCAGCGCAAAAGGAGCAGCAGAGCACGGGUAGCUGUAGCACAGGCGCCGGCAACUCGAUUAGCGUAAAAGUGGGCGUCAGCAGCGGUGGAAACGUGAGCAACGGUGCAAGCGGAUCGAGAGGCACGUUAAGCUCUUCCACCGAUCUUAUGCAGACAGCCACACCACUUAACUCUUCGGAAAGCGGUGGAGCAAGCAACUCCGGGGAGGGGAGUGAUCAGGAUGCAAUUUAUGAAAAGCUCCGGCUCCUAAAUACCCAGCACGCUGCGGGACCAGGACCAUUAGAGCCCGCCCUAGCAGUGCCCUUGGGUCAAGCACCCAACCACCUAGUAACCCACUCCAGCCACCCCCUUACCCAGCUGGUGCACGGUAACCAUCAGGCACUCCAGCAGCAGCAACAACAGAGCUGGCCGCCCCGUCACUAUACCGGAUCUUGGUAUCCCACCUCUCUGAGCGAAAUACCAAUCUCAUCGGCACCCAAUAUCGCAUCUGUUGCGUCGUAUGCAUCAGGACCCUCGCUCACUCAAUCACUGAGUCCACAGAACGACAUCGAAAGCCUGGCCAGUAUCGAUCACCAGAGGAACUGCUCCGUUGCCACGGAGGACUUACAUUUAAAAAAAGAACUUGAUGGCCAUCAGUCAGAUGAAACGGGCUCCGGUGAAGGUGAAAACUCCAAUGGUGGCGCUUCAAAUAUAGGAAAUAAUGAGGAUGAUCAAGCUCGCCUCAUACUUAAAAGAAAGUUGCAACGCAAUCGAACAUCUUUUACGAACGACCAGAUAGAUAGUCUUGAAAAAGAGUUUGAACGAACACACUAUCCAGAUGUUUUUGCGCGCGAACGUUUGGCUGGUAAGAUUGGUUUGCCAGAGGCAAGAAUUCAGGUUUGGUUCUCUAACCGUCGGGCAAAAUGGCGCCGUGAGGAGAAGCUCCGAAACCAGCGAAGGACGCCAAAUUCCACAGGAGCUAGUGGAACUUCGUCCUCAACAUCGGCAUCUGCAUCUUUGACUGACAGCCCUAACAGCCUAAGUGCUGGUUCCUCUUUGCUGCCGGGAUCAGCUGUGGGUCCUUCAGUCAGUACCAUUAAUGGUUUAUCGUCUCCAAACAACACCUUGUCUACUAAUAGUAAUGCUCCCACGCUUGGUGCUCGGAUUGAUGGCUCUGGAAGUCCUAUAUUAGUCCCGCACAUUCGAACCGGCUGCACCUCUGACACUGCCAGUGGUCGUCACAGUGAAGAUUGCAGAAGAGUUUGUUCUCCAUGCCCGCUUGGCAUUGGCGGCCAUCAAAAUACCCAUCAUAUCCAGAGCACUGGCCACAUUCAAACACAUGCACUUGUUCCUGCUAUUUCGCCACGACUUAAUUUUAAUAGUGGUAGCUUCGGGGCGAUGUACUCCAACAUUCAUCAUACGGCGUUAUCUAUGAGCGAUUCCUAUGGUGCGGUUACGCCAAUUCCAAGCUUCAGCCAUUCAUCCGUCGGUCCGCUGGCUCCGCCAUCGCCAAUACCGCAACAGGGCAAUCUAACGCCUCCCUCGUUAUAUCCGUGCCACAUGGCACUACGACCGCCUCCUAUGGCUCCCGCUCACCAACACAUCGUCACGGGUGACGGAAGCAGCCCUGCUGCCGGCGGCCUAGCCAGUGCCCAAUCUGGGAAUUCGGGAGCAAACUGCAACGGAUCGGGAUACGAAGUGCUAUCCGCCUACGCAUUGCCGCCGCCCCCUAUGACGCCGAGCUCUGCUGCUGUUUCAAACUUCUCAGCCGCCUCCAGUACCAGCGCCAAUGUUACCCCCCAUCACACUGCAUCCCAGGAACCAUGCCCCUCCCCUUGUUCCAGCGCGAGCCACUUGGGAGUUGCCCACAGUUCUGGGUUCGCAUCCGACCCGAUUUCACCUGCUGUAAAUUCGUAUGCACAUAUGAGCUACAAUUACGCGUCGUCCGGCAACAACAUGGCGCCCUCCUCCACCGGGGGUUCAGCAGCGCACGUUGCCCCAGGAAAACAACAGUUCUUUGCCUCCUGUUUUUACUCACCGUGGGUCUAAAAACAGUCUGGAGAUUCAGUGAGAAGCACUGUAAAAGGGACUAUUUAUAUAGUUCAGCUCUUUCUUAAAGAGAUGACCGAAAUCGAAUUUACAUAUCUCUUGAAAAAUAAUGGAGGUUGUAGAAAAAUGCAUAUGUAUAAAUUAUAUAGUUCCGCCCAUUAAAUCCGAUCUAUAGUGUAGAAUAAUUGGUGUAAAUUAAAUUAUAUAAUUUUGACAAAUAAAAUGAAAAAAUGUUGUUUCCUUA